GCUGCUGGGCCGGACCCCCCGGGCUCAGCCCGGCCCCUCGCCGAGCUGCCGCCGCCGCCCCGUUUGCUGAGGAGGAGGCCCCCGGCCGGGGCGUCGGGCGCGGGGCAUAAAACGGGCCGGAGCCGGCGCCCGGGGCAGUAGAGCCGCGUACGGCCCGGGUCAGCGCCCGCCCGCCCGCGCUCCUCCCGGCCGCUCCUCCCGCCCCGCCCGGCCCGGCGCCGACUCUGCGGCCGCCCGACGAGCCCCUCGCGGCACUGCCCCGGCCCCGGCCCCGGCCUCGGCCCCCUCCCGCCGCACCGCCCCCGGCCCGGCCCUCCGCCCUCCGCACUCCCGCCUCCCUCCCUCCGCCCGCUCCCGCGCCCUCCUCCCUCCCGCCUCCCCAGCUGUCCCGUUCGCGUCAUGCCGAGCCUCCCGGCCCCGCCGGCCCCGCUGCUGCUCCUCGGGCUGCUGCUGCUCGGCUCCCGGCCGGCCCGCGGCGCCGGCCCCGAGCCCCCCGCGCUGCCCAUCCGUUCUGAGAAGGAGCCGCUGCCCGUUCGGGGAGCGGCAGGCUGCUCCUUCGGCGGGAAGGUCUAUGCCUUGGACGAGACGUGGCACCCGGACCUGGGGGAGCCCUUCGGGGUGAUGCGCUGCGUGCUGUGCGCCUGCGAGGCGCCUCAGUGGGGUCGCCGUACCAGGGGCCCUGGCAGGGUCAGCUGCAAGAACAUCAAACCAGAGUGCCCAACCCUGGCCUGUGGGCAGCCGCGCCAGCUGCCGGGACACUGCUGCCAGACCUGCCCCCAGGAGCGCAGCAGUUCGGAGCGGCAGCCGAGCGGCCUGUCCUUCGAGUAUCCGCGGGACCCGGAGCAUCGCAGUUAUAGCGACAGCGGAGAGCCAGGCGCUGAGGAGCGGGCCCGUGGUGACGGCCACACGGACUUCGUGGCGCUGCUGACAGGGCCGAGGUCGCAGGCGGUGGCACGAGCCCGAGUCUCGCUGCUGCGCUCUAGCCUCCGCUUCUCCAUCUCCUACAGGCGGCUGGACCGCCCUACCAGGGUCCGCUUCUCAGACUCCAAUGGCAGUGUCCUGUUUGAGCACCCUGCAGCCCCCACCCAAGAUGGCCUGGUCUGUGGGGUGUGGCGGGCGGUGCCUCGGUUGUCUCUGCGGCUCCUUAGGGCAGAACAGCUGCAUGUGGCACUUGUGACACUCACUCACCCUUCAGGGGAGGUCUGGGGGCCUCUCAUCCGGCACCGGGCCCUGGCUGCAGAGACCUUCAGUGCCAUCCUGACUCUAGAAGGCCCCCCACAGCAGGGCGUAGGGGGCAUCACCCUGCUCACUCUCAGUGACACAGAGGACUCCUUGCAUUUUUUGCUGCUCUUCCGAGGGCUGCUGGAACCCAGGAGUGGGGGUAAGUGGGAUGGGGGCAAAACAUGUGAGAAGGUUAGGGAGAGCACCUGUCUCAGAAAGGCCCACAUGUGCGGCCUUGCAGGACUAACCCAGGUUCCCUUGAGGCUCCAGAUUCUACACCAGGGGCAGCUACUGCGAGAACUUCAGGCCAAUGUCUCAGCCCAGGAACCAGGCUUUGCUGAGGUGCUGCCCAACCUGACAGGCCAGGAGAUGGACUGGCUGGUGCUGGGGGAGCUGCAGAUGGCCCUGGAGUGGGCAGGCAGGCCAGGGCUGCGCAUCAGUGGACACAUUGCUGCCAGGAAGAGCUGCGACGUCCUGCAAAGUGUCCUUUGUGGGGCUGAUGCCCUGAUCCCUGUCCAGACGGGUGCUGCCGGCUCGGCCAGCCUCACACUGCUAGGAAAUGGCUCCCUGAUCUAUCAGGUGCAAGUGGUAGGGACAAGCAGUGAGGUGGUGGCCAUGACGCUGGAGACCAAACCUCAGCGGAGGGAUCAGCGCACUGUCCUGUGCCACAUGGCUGGAUUCCAGCCAGGAGGACACACGGCCGUGGGUAUCUGCCCUGGGCUGGGUGCCCGAGGGGCUCAUAUGCUGCUGCAGAAUGAGCUCUUCCUGAACGUGGGCACCAAGGACUUCCCAGAUGGAGAGCUUCGGGGGCACGUGGCUGCCCUGCCCUACAGUGGGCAUAGCGCCCGCCAUGACACGCUGCCUGUGCCCCUAGCAGGAGCCCUGGUGCUACCCCCUGUGAAGAGCCAAGCAGCAGGGCACGCCUGGCUCUCCCUGGAUACCCACUGUCACCUGCACUAUGAGGUGCUGCUGGCUGGGCUUGGUGGCUCAGAACAAGGCACUGUCACUGCCCACCUCCUUGGGCCUCCUGGAACGCCAGGGCCUCGGCGGCUGCUGAAGGGAUUCUAUGGCUCAGAGGCCCAGGGCGUGGUGAAGGACCUGGAGCCAGAGCUGCUGCGGCACCUGGCAAAAGGCACGGCCUCCCUGCUGAUCACCACCAAGGGUAGCCCCAGAGGGGAGCUCCGAGGGCAGGUGCACAUCGCCAACCAAUGUGAGGUGGGCGGACUGCGCCUGGAGGCGGCCGGGGCCGAGGGGGUGCGGGCACCAGGGGCUCUGGAUACAGCCGCUGCUGCGCCGCCUGUGGUGCCUGGUCUCCCGGCCCUAGUGCCCGCCAAACCUGGUGGUCCUGGGCGGCCCCGAGACCCCAACACAUGCUUCUUCGAGGGGCAGCAGCGCCCCCACGGGGCUCGCUGGGCGCCCAACUACGACCCGCUCUGCUCACUCUGCACCUGCCAGAGACGAACGGUGAUCUGUGACCCGGUGGUGUGCCCACUGCCCAGCUGCCCACACCCGGUGCAGGCUCCCGACCAGUGCUGCCCUGUUUGCCCUGAGAAACAAGAUGUCAGAGACCUGCCAGGGCUGCCGAGGAGCCGGGACCCAGGAGAGGGCUGCUAUUUUGAUGGUGACCGGAGCUGGCGGGCAGCGGGUACGCGGUGGCACCCCGUUGUGCCCCCCUUUGGCUUAAUUAAGUGUGCUGUCUGCACCUGCAAGGGGGGCACUGGAGAGGUGCACUGUGAGAAGGUGCAGUGUCCCCGGCUGGCCUGUGCCCAGCCUGUCCGUGUCAACCCCACCGACUGCUGCAAACAGUGUCCAGUGGGGUCGGGGGCCCACCCCCAGCUGGGGGACCCCAUGCAGGCUGAUGGGCCCCGGGGCUGCCGUUUUGCUGGGCAGUGGUUCCCAGAGAGUCAGAGCUGGCACCCCUCAGUGCCCCCUUUUGGAGAGAUGAGCUGUAUCACCUGCCGAUGUGGGGCGGGGGUGCCUCACUGUGAGCGGGAUGGCUGUUCACUGCCACUGUCCUGUGGCUCGGGGAAGGAGAGUCGAUGCUGUUCCCGCUGCACGGCCCACCAGCGGCCAGCCCCAGAGACCAGAACUGAUCCAGAGCUGGAGAAAGAAGCCGAAGGCUCUUAGGGAGCAGCCAGAGGGCCACAUGACCAAGAGGAUGGGGCCUGAGCUGGGGAAGGGGUGGCAUCGAGGACCUUCUUGCAUUCUCCUGUGAGAAGCCCAGUGCCUUUGCUCCUCUGUCCUCCCUCUACUCCCACCCCCACUACCUCUGGGAACCACAGCUCCACAAGGGGGAGAGGCAGCUGGGCCAGACCGAGGUCACAGCCACUCCAUGUCCUGCCCUGCCACCCUCGGCCUCUGUCCUGGAAGCCCCACCCCUUUCCUUCUGUACAUAAUGUCACUGGCUUGUUGGGAUUUUUAAUUUAUCCUCACUCAGCACCAAGGGCCCCCGACACUCCACUCCUGCUGCCCCUGAGCUGAGCAGAGUCAUUAUUGGAGAGUUUUGUAUUUAUUAAAACAUUUCUUUUUCAGUC